CUCCCUUCUCCAAAUCAAGAAUCAUUCGUGCACCCCAUCCCCCAUUCGCCCCUUCCGAAGCAAUCAAGCAAAGCAAAGAGAACCCUAGCCCUAGGAUCCUUGCCGCCGCCGUCCCUAGGUUCUCGGCGCCUCCACUUCUUCCUCUUCCCCCUGUCCGGAACCAGGUAGCUCGACUCGUCAUCCCCAUCUUCCCUGUCUUCUCUGUUCGUGGCCUGGAGCAGCUCGCCGUUAGGUCGCCGCUUGCCGUCGCCUCGCCUAUCGUCGUCGUCUCGCCGGUUGCCAUCCGUGUCUCCGUCGAAGAAACGACGAUAAUAAUCACCACUAACCACAACAAUAACAGGACACGUGUCAUCUCUUCAUUCCCUCGUCAAUCUUAAAACCUAGCCACUAGAGACACAAGCAACUUAUAAUGCAAUUGCAUUUUGAGGGCAUGCACAUGGCGCCUCAACACCCAACAGUGGCACUCCUCUUGUGUGAAGUGGUGAUGGAGAUCCUCUCUUGGGUUCCUGCAAAGCCUCUCACGCGCCUGAAGCUUGUGUGCAAGUCCUGGAACUCCAUCAUCUCCCCCCCUCACUUCAUCAAACUUCACCUUCACCGUUCACCCAAAAAUGCCAUCCUCCUCUUUACGCGAACAGCAACGCUCACCUUCGACGAAAAAGCAAAAUGGGGCUUAGUGUUUAGUAGCAUUGAAUCUUUCAUCCAAAAUCCAUCAUCCACUCUUGAUGCUCAAGAGAAUCUCCACUCUCUACACGGACAAGAUUGGGUUUCCGGUUCAUGCAACGGCUUGGUAUGUGUAGCCCAUAUUUUUGACCACCCCAACAACGAUAUUAGCGAUAUCUGGUUCCGUUUAUUGAACCCUCUCACAGGGUUUAUUUCAGAGAACUCGCCGUACUUACGUGUCAAUGUGAAUAAUGCUUUUGGGUUUGGGUAUGAUGAGUCAAGUGACAGUUACAAGGUACUGACUCUCAUUCGGGAUUCUUCUGGAACAGUAACUGCGCAAGUUUAUAGCUUCGGUGGCAGUUCUUGGAAGACGAUUAACAGUUUCCCUGCUUUUCCGUUUUGUGUUGAAGAUAAUGGCCACUUCAUCCGUGGCACUCUUAAUUGGCUAGGUCUUCGUAACCCGCAUGGAGGUCAUUAUGAUUGGGCUGCUGUUACACUUGACAUGUUAAUGAUUGUUUCUUUUGACCUGAAAUCGGAUACACAUAAACAGAUUCUGCUUCCAAAGGGUAUCGAUGAGAUCCCCAGUGAAGAGCCAACUCUAGGAGUUUGGGGAAAUAGCCUGUAUCUUCUUCAUGAUUACAAGAAAACUCAUUUUAUUGCAUGGCAAAUGAAGGAGUUUGGAGAUGAAAAUUCUUGGACUCAAUUGCUAAAAAUUAGUUUUCAGAAUCUCGGUGUUGAAAGGCUAUUAUCAGUGUUUAUAUUUGAGAAUGGAAAUAUCUUCAUGUUGAGAGGCAGGCAUCGUUUUGAGGAAGUUUUUUAUGACCGAAGAGAUAAUAGUGUUAAACGCAUUAAUAUCUUGGCCGACAAUAGUUACCUCAUUGCAAUUGAUUAUGUUGAGAGCUUGGUUCAGCCUUGUUAAAAUUCGGUUCCUAUUCGAAGUUUUGCUCCUGCAACUUUUUGUUCUGUUAUUUUAAAUCCUUAUAUUUCAUGUAGGCCCAGCAAAGUUCAGGUCAUUGUGAUUAUUUUGGGUGUUUUCUUACUUUGGCUACUCCUUGUUGUUGGAUCCAAAUUUGUAGACGGGUCACUUUUAUUUUGGCUGCAAACUUUAUAUAUACAGGUGCAUAAAAUUCUAACAUCCUUAUCAUGACUCCUUGUUGCAUAAGUUUAUUAAUUUUUGCUAACUGUUGGAUGAAGUUAACAGACAAAUUGAUUUUUUCAUUAGUAAGAAUCUAGAAGAUGAUUUUCGCGACCA